AUGCAGAACGGCACCCUCGACAACAUACAAGGAAGUGUGCCUAUAAUUCCAACUGAGGCUUCAGGAACAAAUAGUAAUAGCCAUUCAAAGCGGACUCGAGUUUUACUGAGUUGUGCGCCAUGUCGCAAUUCCAAACUCAAGUGCGAUCGGGCGACACCAUGCGGGCAGUGUCUUCGCAAAGGCAAACCUGACGGCUGUCUCUACGCUCCGCGGCCCGAGAAGCAUAAGAAACCCGCAAAGAGCAUGGCAGCCCGUUUGAAAAGGCUCGAAGGAAUGGUCCGCGGGAUGAUCGACACAGAUGGCUCCCCGCCUGUGGCGUCUGUCAAUAAGACGCUGAAAGAUCCUGGGGGUGUCGUCGUCCAAGGCCAGGGAAACACAUCUUAUGUCGGGGGGACACACUUCAUGGCUAUGUUAGAGGACAUUGAGGAUCUCAAAGGCUACUUUGAUGACAACAACGAGGACGAGGAUGAAACUCAUGAUCCGUACGAGAACAUGGGGCCUACAGAACUGGUCAUGGCCUCACGUAACGUGCCCAAGAAUAAAGGGGAUCUCCUAGCUGCCCUGCCAGAAAAGGCCGUGGUUAGCCGUCUUAUGAAUCGCUAUUUCAACUCGAACAGCCCUUCUCAACACAUUGUCCACGUCCCUACUUUCUUGAGAGAAUACCACGAGUUCUGUAAGGACCCGCAGAGGGCACCUUUACAUUGGAUAGCAUUGCUCUAUAUGAUACUGGCGCUCGGUACCUUCUUCUCUUCCUUCAGUGCACCGCAAGAGCUAGAAAGUGAUUCCCCCGUGCCAGCUCUGGACAGGUUCAAACAAUAUAGAGGAGCCGCCGGAUGGGCACUUAUCUGGGGAAAAUAUUCACAGCCAGGCCCUUAUACUCUCGAAGCAUUUAUGCUGUAUGUUGAAGGAGAUUUCGUGACCAACCGCGAGAACCGGAUGAACUGUUACCUACUUUCGUCUGUUCUAAUUCGAUUGAUGCUGAAGAUGGGACUCCAUCGCGAUCCUAGCAAAUUGCCUGGUAUCACUCCAUAUGACGGCGAAAUGAGACGGCGCUUGUGGAAUCUCGCCAUACAGCUUGACUUGCUAGUUGCCUUCAAUUUAGGCCUCCCCAGCAUGACCCACGCUGUUGAGAGUGAUACGGAGCUUCCGACAAAUUUGAUGGACGUGGACUUCGACAAGGAUACCAAGGAACUGCCUCAAGCUCGUCCCAGCUCGGAUUACACGUUGCUGACCUACCCGAUUAAUAAAGCUAGGGUAUCCCGCAUCUUCUUCCUAGUAGUCCAACAAGCACACUCACUUAACAUUCCAACUUAUGCCGAAGUGAUGAAAGUCGAUGCACAGAUCGAAGAAGCAUGGAAUAACGUGCCCUCGAUUAUGAAAAUGAAACCGAUAGAUCUAUGUUUGACCGACCCGCCUAUUCAGAUUAUUCAACGCUUUGGCAUAGCAGCGAUAUACCAAAAAAGUCGAUGCAUCCAUCACAGGCGUUAUAUCGUUGAAGAAGAGCCAAAGAAAGAGCACGAUUACUCCCGUCGAGUAUGUCUUGAGGCAGCAUUAGCGCUCCUCGACUAUCAGGUUACGCUGCAUGACGCGGGAAAACCUGGUGGCAUGCUGGGCCAAAGCGGCUGGUUUCUCGCUGCUCUGGUUGCCGUAAACGAUUUUCUCCUAGCGAGUAUGAUUGUCGCUGUCGUGAUCCAAAACGAUAAGUACUGGGAGGCGGACGGCGACGCGAAUUGGAUAGCGCGGUGCAUGCCACCAACAGUCACCAGGGACGAACUUCUUCGAACGAUUAGAAGAUCACAUAAUGUCUGGCAGGAAAUGGCGAGCGAAAGAUCGGAAUUUCAGAAAUGUGAACAGGUCACACGAAUUAUGCUCCGUAGGGUCCAUGCACACCUUGGGAUUGUGACUGAAGACGUCGAUAUGUCGGGUGCGAGGCCAAACGGGAGUAGCGAAAUGACAAACAUAGCGAGCUUGACGAUCGACGGUAGCGAACCUGCGACAAUGUCAAGCAGCAAUGAUGCUGCAGUUGAUAAUUUUGCCGAAUUUGGCACAACAGAGCCAAACCUGAUGACGACGGAUGUUAGUGCUGGUCAGCCAGAGUCUGACCCCCCUUGGAUGAUGCAAAACGGCUACGAUUGGAGCUACUUUGAUGCUAUGACACGUACGGCGGAUGCCAUCCAGGUCCCUGAACAGACGACCGAAGAUGCUUGGAUGGCCGAGAAAAACAUGGAAGACUUUCCCAAUUUCGUGAUCUCGGAUUCGUGGAGCUUUCCUUCACCUUCAUAA